AUUUCCACACCUUGCCGAAUACAAGAUGGGAAGAGUUUUCAUACUGCAUUAAAAGGGAACAAAGACAUUACAAUCUAAACCCAAUAUACAGAAAUCUACUUUAAAAUUAUUGUAAGCCUAUUAGGCCCUGAGUCUGAUUCCCAAACAGCUACAAAACCAGAUCAUGAUCUACUUUUUAUAACUAUAUAGCAACAUCAGUUACAGUUUUCCAUAUUAUUCAUUUUGCCUUACAGCCAAAAAAACAAAAACAAAACAAGAAAACAAAAAAAACAAAAAAAAAAAAAAAAAAAAGCCUAAUUUGCAUCAUUGUUUGGCAACCAUGAAACACAGCAGUAAUUUCAUUAACGGAAAGUGUUUCUUUAUAUUUCUGUGUGGAAUUACGUUUCUCACCAAACUCAGUUUCUGCAUUGGUGACCUCGAUGUAGCAUGCAUAGAUGCUGAGAAGAAAGCGCUUGUCAAGUUCAAGGAAGGCCUAACAGAUCCUUCUGGCAGGCUUUCAUCAUGGGUGGGAGAUGAUUGUUGUAGAUGGGAAGGAGUAAGCUGCAACAACAGAACUGGACAUGUGGUCGAGCUCAAUCUUCGCUGCCCCUACUCAGAAAGUUUGGAUGGUAAUGGAAUGGUGCAAACUUUGAGUGGUAAGAUUAAUCCAUCUCUGCUAGUUUUGAAAUAUUUAAAUCACUUGGACUUGAGCAUGAAUGAUUUUGGAGGUUCCCAAAUUCCCUCUUUCAUAGGAUCAUUACAGAGUUUGAGAUAUCUCAAUCUUUCUGGUGCAUCUUUUAGUGGAACUAUUCCACCAAGUCUUGGAAACCUAUCGAGAUUGAUAUAUCUUGAUCUCAAUAAAGUUGAUCAGUUUGAGUUAACCAAAAGUAGCCUCUCCUGGCUUUCUGGUCUUUCUUCUUUAAAAUACCUUCAUCUUGGAGGUUGGGACUUGUCCCUGUCUGCAACAGAUUGGCUCCAAAUUGUUAACAGACUUCCAUUACUCCUGGAAUUUCACUUUCCCUUCUGCCAACUUUCCAACCUUCCUUUCACCCUUCCUUCUCUUAAUUUCACCUCUCUUAAAGUGCUUGAUCUCUCAAACAAUAGAUUCAUCUCUGCAGUACCAGACUGGUUGUUCAAUCUCAAAAGCCUAGUUAACCUUGAUCUUAACUCCAACAACUUAUAUGGGCCACUUCCAGAUAAAAUUGCUAAUUUGGCUUCUCUUGAAAACCUUGACUUUUCACUGAAUACCAUUGAGGGUCAGCUGUCGAAAGAAUUGGGAAAGUUAUGCAAUUUACGGAGUCUGAAGCUUUCACAAAAUAGAAUUACAGGUGAAAUAACUAAUAUUUUGGAUAGUUUGUCCACAUGCUCCAGAAGCAACUUAGAGACAUUGAAUUUGGGGUACAAUGAGCUGACAGGAAAUCUACCGAACUCUUUAGGAUAUCUUAAGAGUUUAAGGUACCUUCAAAUGUCCUAUAACUUAUUUCAAGGCUCACUCCCAGGCUCAAUUGGGAACUUGUCAUCUUUGGAACAAAUUUCACUAUCUUAUAAUAAACUCAGUGGUAUCCCAGAGAGUCUUGGGCAGCUCUCAAAGCUGACUAUAUUAGACAUCUCAGAGAACAUCUGGGAUGGGGUCAUAACUGAAAUUCAUCUCGCUAAUCUUUCAAGCUUGAAGGAGUUAACAAUCAAUAAAAGAUCGCCAAAUAUUUCUUUGGUCUUCAACAUUAGCUCUGAUUGGAUACCUCCUUUUAAACUCACCUACCUCCUCAUCAGAUCAAGUCAAGUAGGUCCCAAAUUUCCUACAUGGCUUAAGAAUCAAAGUGAUCUGACAUUUCUGGUACUCAGCAAUGCAAUGAUUUCAGACACCAUACCAAACUGGUUUCUGAAUUUGGAUUUGCAGCUGGAUAAACUUGACAUAGCUUUUAAUCAACUGAGUGGCAGGGUGCCAAACUCAUUCAUAUUCAACAAAGAAUGCACAGUCAAAUUGACUACAAACAGAUUUCAGGGGCCUCUUCCACUUUGGUCAUCAAACAUUACCGAGUUGUAUCUAGCGGACAAUCAGUUUUCGGGGCCAAUUGCUCCUAACAUUGGUGAAGUAAUGCCUUUGCUAUCAGAUUUAGAUGUCUCCUACAACUCUUUGAGUGGGAACAUACCCUUGUCCAUUGGAAAUCUAACGGGAUUGAUGACCUUGGUUAUCUCCAACAAUGAAUUAUCUGGUCAGAUUCCUCAUUUCUGGGAAAAUAAACAAUUCAUGUACAUUGUGGAUAUGUCAAACAACAGUUUUUCAGGAACAAUACCAACAACAAUGGGCUAUCUAAGUUUUGUUGAAUUCCUGGUUCUCUCAAGCAACAAACUCUCGGGUGAAUUUCCUUCCUCUUUGAAAAACUGCACUAACAUGUUUAGUUUGGAUCUUGGAGAUAACAGAUUUACAGGAAAGCUUCCAGCUUGGAUAGGAGAAGGUAUGCACAAUUUGUUGAUCUUGCGCUUGCGGUCCAACUCCUUCAGUGGGAACAUUCCUCAUCAAUUUUGUGGGCUUUCCAAACUUCAUAUAAUGGACCUGUCCCACAAUCAUCUCACUGGUCAUAUUCCACAUUGCAUUGGCAAUCUCAGUGGCUUGAAAUCUGAAGACAUAGAAGAAAUUACAUACCAAGGAAAAUUGAAGGUGAUUGCAAAAGGAAGAGUUCUGUUAUAUGAUUCCAUCUUAUACAUCUUUAAUAGCAUUGACCUCUCUAACAACAACUUAUCAGGAGAUAUACCAAUGGAACUGACAGAACUCAUAAAACUUGGUAAUUUAAAUUUGUCCAAGAAUCAAUUGACUGGACAACUCCCAUCUAGCAUCGGUAAUUUUGAGUGGAUUGAAACUCUUGAUAUCUCCAUGAACCAUAUUUCUGGUCCAAUCCCACUUUCAAUGACUUCUUUAACAUUUCUGAGCCAUCUCAAUCUGUCGUACAAUAACUUGUCUGGAAAAAUCCCAACCACCAAUCAGUUUCUGACCCUUGAUGACCCAUCAAUCUACCAAGGAAAUGCUGGUCUCUGUGGAAGACCUCUGUCAACUGAAUGUACUGACAGUAGCCAAAGCAAACCAGGAGGUGAUGAAGAAGACGGAGAUGGAGAUGGUGGAGAUAAAUUUGAGAAACUGGGCUUGAUUAUCAGCAUUUUGAUUGGGUUUCUUGUGGGGUUUUGGGGAGUUUGUGGGACUUUGAUCAUCAAGAGGUCUUGGAGAAUUGCAUAUUUUCGCUUUGCUGACAGAGUAAAGAGCGUCUGCUUGUUAAUGUUUUGAAGAAUGUUUGUCACAAACAAACAGCCUUGUAUGAUGUGAAAACAAGCCCAUCAGACUGCAUGUUUCAAAAUCGUUUCUAUUUGUCCCAGUUUUAGUUAUUUUCAUAGUGAAAUAAUUCUGUGUGUUAUAGUAUUAAAUCUUUGAUUUCCUCCUUUUUUUUAUUUACUUAAAAAUACUAAAAG